AUGGUUUACGAGACCAACUUUGCCUGCAGGCUGCUCGGUCAUCGCAACUUGCCGAGAUCUUACCGAGAUACCAUCGCGGUGAUGCGCACCGCCAUCGAUAGUCUCGUCGUCGAUGCAGUUAUGGCUGAGCCUCAGCUCACUGUCGAGCAAAACCUCGUUAAACUCCGCCAGCCCUUUAUCGAGUGCUCGAUCUACAAGUAUACGGACCUCACGCCCAACGCCUUCGCCGUCUUCGAGCCCGCGCAGCCCCUGGGACUGAGUCUUGUGUACUCCGAGACCACUGGACAGCUCAUCUGCCUCGCCAUCGCGAGCGAUCGCUACGCCGUGAUCGUCGAUUUCUUGGCGGGCGAGCGGCCGCCCCGCACUGGUCGCGCGUCCCCCUCCAAUGACGCCGUCGCCGGGAGCGCCGUCCUCCAGGAGUACGUCCUCGCACGCGACGCGGGCCAGACCAAUGCAUUCGACUAUGAUCCCCUCGCCAUGCCCUUCUUCACCGAGAUCAGCAUGCGCGUGAAGAGCGGGCUGGACGUGCAGUCCGCGUGCAAGGAGUCUGCGCCGACGCGCAAGCACGUCGACGUUGCCAAGGCGCUCGUCGGGGACAGGCGGAUGUACGAGAACAACCUCAAGCGCGCAGCCAAGCAGACCAAGUUCGAGAUCAGCGCUCCCACCCACCGCCGCUGCUCCGCGCUCGUCCCCCUCACGUGGCUCACGCAGUUCGUCGCGACGUACGAGGGCAGGCUGAUGUCGUUCGCUGAGGUCAAGCUGAUAAAUAGCGAGAGGCUCACGUCGGCGUACCUCGACGUAAACAGCAAGAUCGCAAACGACACGCGUCGCAUGGAGCAGAACGAGCCCGACCGCAAGAAGCACUCGUUCAAGCGCGACAGCGGAGGCGGGAAGAUGGACGACCCGAACCUUAAGAUCAAGGCAGAGAAGUACUCGCAGCGCUUUCGUGCCGGCCAGGACGUGCAGAUGGUUGUCCAGACGAAGUCCUAUGGCCGAUACACUACCUCCGCCGCUGUCGAGGAUGCGCGCGGCAAGGGCGCUAGCCUCAAGACCGCGCUCUCAACCAACGAGGACCGGAUGGUCAAGACCUUAGUCUCGGUCGGCAAAGACGACCCCGCCCUCGCUGAUAUGAAGUGCGCCGCGGUCAUACUGCAGAUCUCGCAGGGCGAGAUCGACCUCCUGUCAGAAGACGCAUGGGUGCAGAACAUCUGGCUUCGUCCCACCCUAACUUGGCCCGAGGAAUGGUCUACCACAUUUAAGCCCAUCCCAAUGUCUCACAGACCUCUGGGCACUGGCAAAACAUCAGCUGCUACAGCUCAGCAGUGCAUUGCGGCGGGCAAGAAAGGCAUCUGGGUCAUCGCCCUGUCCAAUGUGGCUGUGAAUAUCGCGGAGAAGCUGGAGAAAGUUAGAUCCCAUAGCUAUCGCUUAUCAGCCUCUACGGACUUCUGCCAUGACUGGCAUGAGCACAUCUUCGAUUCUGUCAAGGAGAACCUCAUCGUCUCUGACCGCUUCCAGAAGCUCAAUAUGAAGUAUCUAAAGGGUGUCGAGCCUGCGUUAUUGGAGAUGACAAGCAAUUGGCCCCUAUAUGGCCAAAAUGAGCCCAAGAAGCUACAGAGCAACUUUGAGGUCCCACACCUCCACAACAAUCUUGGUGAUAUCAUCUCCAAGGCUGUGUAUGAGGGCAUGUUGAAGUCUAAUUAA